UCUCUGUGGCCUCUUUUCCACUCAGUAGAAACAUCGUAACAAUACAAGAUGUCUACGCCAUCAGUGAACGGUCUCAAUGGAAGUCAUUACCAAGAAAUAAACCACCAUUAUGCCGAAGAAUGCAGCCAGGACGAUAUUGGCAGCUUUUUGUUCACAUCAGAAUCAGUGGGAGAGGGACAUCCAGACAAAAUCUGUGAUCAGGUUAGUGAUGCAAUAUUGGAUGCUCAUCUGAAACAGGAUCCUAAUGCUAAAGUGGCAUGUGAGUCGGUGUCCAAGACAGGAAUGAUCUUGGUGUGUGGAGAAAUCACCUCUAAAGCUGUAGUAGAUUACCAGGAGGUGAUUCGUGGCACCAUCAAACAAAUAGGAUAUGAUGACUCUAGCAAAGGUUUCGACUACAAGACCUGCAAUGUUUUGAUUGCUCUGGAACAGCAGAGCCCUGACAUUGCCCAGGGUGUGCAUGUUGACAGAGACGAUGAUAAUAUUGGAGCAGGAGACCAGGGUCUUAUGUUUGGAUAUGCCACAGAUGAGACUGAGGAAUGCAUGCCUUUGACAGUUGUUUUGUCACAUCAGCUCAAUGCCAGAAUUGCCCAGCUUAGACGAACCGGAGAAUUAAGCUGGGCCAGGCCUGAUACAAAGACACAAGUUACAAUAGAGUACAAAUAUGAUAAGGGAGCUUGUGUACCACUCCGUGUUCAUUCAGUUGUAAUUUCUGCUCAACAUGAUGAAACUGUGACUCUAGAAAGGUUGAGGAAAGAGUUGAUGGAGAAAGUUGUUUACUAUGUGAUUCCACAGAAAUACUUAGACAAAGACACAAGAUAUCACAUACAGCCAUCAGGGAAAUUUAUUAUUGGUGGACCACAGGGUGAUGCUGGUUUAACAGGUAGGAAAAUCAUUGUGGAUACAUAUGGAGGUUGGGGUGCUCAUGGUGGUGGUGCUUUCUCGGGAAAAGACUUCUCUAAGGUGGACAGAUCUGCUGCCUAUGCAGCCAGAUGGGUAGCCAAGUCUCUAGUCAAAGCCGGUCUGUGCAAACGUGUUCUCGUACAGGUCUCCUAUGCCAUUGGUAUCCCUGAACCAGUUUCCAUAACUGUGUUUAGUUAUGGAACAUCAAAAUAUUCUGAGAAACAACUCCUAGAAGUGAUCAAUAAGAACUUUGACUUGAGGCCAGGAAGAAUUGUAAAGGAAUUGAAUUUGAGGGCACCUAUUUACCAAAAGACAGCUUGUUACGGACAUUUUGGCCGUCCAGAUUUCCCAUGGGAAGUACCAAAGAAGCUUAUUCUAUAAGCCACUUCUGGGAGUCCCAUUCUCAAUGUCAUAUUUGUAUAUACAAACAUUAAACAUUUGUGAUUCCGAAGGGGAGUAGCCACAGUAGUUAAAAGACUAGUCAGACCAGACUUGAAAGAACUGACAUUAUAGUUACACUCGACACAAAUUAUGAUCAAUGCCAUAUAAUCCUAGAGCUUGUCAUUAUUUGUGUCAGUAUGAGCGGGUUAUAUAGUCCUCAAGCUCUGCUCAGAUUCCGUCUUUUAAUUAUUGCAAAUGUGUGAUUUUCUAGUUGUCUUUUUAUAUGCACACAUUUGUCUUGUGUUUAUGAAAAUUCAUUGGGAAAAGAGCACUAUUUAUAAACACUCGGGCAUCCCAUAAUCAUUAUUUAUAUGAAUUUAUAUUGUUAUAUAUUUAGCUAAAUACUGCAAUUUUUAUUAUUGUAGAAAUGUAAUGAAUUGUUACCAGUAUUUGCAAUGAGAUGUUUUUAUGUCGUGACUUUUUAUUAAGAUUGUUUUAUUUUCCUAUGUAAACUCUUUUAAUAUACAGUUCAAUAAUGAAUCAUAUUCAACAUACUACAUUGAUAACUGUAUUGUAACAAUUUACCUUUGUGAAAUGAGAAAUGUGAGUCAAAUUAAUCAUGAAAUACUUACAUUGCUGCUUUUUGUUCAAGACAGUUCAACUGCAUUCCAACAUUAGUACUGUUACAGUGUAUCAUCAGGUUUCUUGGACCUGAUACAAAACUAAAGUUGUACCUACAGAUGUAUGUGGGAUCAAUAAAAGAUGUGAAAAAUGGC